AUGGCCUCGACAGCUUCAGCAGUUCCCCAUCACGACUCAGCGGCACCCAAUGCGAGUUCCUCCGUCAACCCCGGCGACGAGAGUACCCUUGCACAGCGAGCGUCGAUCCCUUCAUUUAGCAUUGAUGAGCACGAUGGCACGGCAGCAGGAGGACGCGACUCGAGGCAGUCGGGGUCAUCCCUCGCGCCGAGCUCCAUGGGUCAUUCGAGGACGCCAUCAAGAGAAACGCCGGACAUAGGAACAAACCGAGAUUCCGGAAGCUCGAUGGCGGUGACAAGAGAUGCGCCCGUGCGGCAACUGCAUAUCAACGACGGUUCCUAUGGCAGUAGAUAUUCACACGCUGCUGAAAUGGACGCAGCAAACUCACACGACGAGGUCGACCAUGGCUACAGCCAUCAAAAGCAGCAGCCCCAGUCACCCUACUAUUCAGAACAACCUACACCACCACCUGCCGCGCACGCAGCCCACGAUAGUGUUCGGCCGCCGAGUUCAGGAUACUUUCCAAGGGAUAUCGAUGGGCUGGAUUAUGGAUCUGGAACACCACUACAGGUACCCCGCACCACACUUUCCAGGCCCGCUUCCGCCUAUACUCUGGGUUCAGAACUGCACGCGCAGGGUCGUACCCAUACCCCUCACCUCUCUGUUGGUGGUACCCCAUCACCCAAUGGAUCUCCGAACCCUUAUGCGCGCCACGCCUCUGGGUCCCGUCGUUCGCCAGACCUUCGACCAGUAUCUUAUGUGGACUUGUUAAAUUUGCCAUAUAACCAGCAAGUUGCCCCGACUUCAAACUUAGGAAACGCGCAAUUACGACCUUCUGUUGGACAAAACGCCUCGCUCCUUGAUACGAAGAAGACGCUCGAUAUGUAUAGGGGAAACUUGAAGAAGACGCAAGACAGCGCUGUGCAAUAUGAGUUUGCCUUGCUCAUGGUACAAGUUGCACGCGAAGUCACAGAAUCGGGUCCCUCGACCGACGACCAGGGGAUGGCGCCGGCGGGCUUGUUGCGAGAAGCACGGCAGAUUCUCCAGCGGUUAGCCGACCGCAGCUAUCCUUUUGCACAGUAUUACCUCGCAGAUGGUUACGCAUCAGGGCUAUUUAACAAGGACAAGCCAGACUACGACCGUGCAUUUCCACUCUUCGUUGCUGCGAGCAAACACGGCCACGCAGAGUCAGGCUAUCGCACAGCGCUCUGCUACGAGUUUGGCUGGGGUUGCCGGAAAGACUAUGCCAAAGCUGUUCAAUUCUUCCGUGCUGCGGCUUCCAAAAAUCAUCCAGGAGCUGCGACCCGGUUGGGAAAGGCCUGUUUAACGGGUGACAUGGGCCUCCAGGGGAAAUACAAAGAGGGUGUUAAAUGGCUCAAACGCGCCUCAGAAUCUGCUGACCAACAAUAUAACGCCGCGCCCUAUGAGCUGGCUCUGUUACAUGAGACUGGCUAUGGCGACGACAUCUUCAAAGACGAAAUCUACGCGGUGCAGCUUUUUACCCAGGCUGCGGAACUGGGCAACCCGCUAGCCGCAAUGAAACUGGGAGAGGCUUAUGAGCAUGGUCUGCUUAGAUGUCCCAAAGACGCUGCUCUCUCUGUUCACUACUACAACUGCGCCGCCCAGGCCGACGUUCCUGAGGCCAUGAUGAACCUUUGUGCGUGGUACAUGGUUGGAGCUGAACCUGUUCUGGAAAAAGAUGAGAAUGAAGCUUACGAAUGGGCUAAGCAAGCUGCAGAGCAUGGCCUUGCGAAAGCUGAGUACGCUUGCGGAUAUUUUACGGAGAUGGGUAUAGGCUGUCGGCGCGAUGCUCUCGGAGCGAAUGCCUGGUACGUCAAAGCCGCUGCUUCUGGAGAGGAACGUGCGAAACAACGCCUUGCGAUUAUUCAUGCCGCCUCGUCGGGUCAGACUCCUAGGCCGGCAAGCAACACCAAGAGUAACGACAAGAGUAACGACAAGAGUAACGACAAGAGCAAUGACAAGAGCAAUGACAAAAGCAACGACAAGGGUAAACUCAAAAAAGGCACAGAAAAGAAGGACGAGAACUGCAUAGUCAUGUAG